CGGAACGUGGAAAUGCCCUUUAAAUAAGGUUGUCGUACUGUUUAUAGUUGUCCUUUUGACUGAGAGGAAAUAAAAGCAACUUGCAACUAUUGACUUGACAUCCUGAAAGCAUCGAAAUGAAGCCUGUGACUGAACAGGAGCGUUCAUCAGACUUGAGGCUUCAGGAGACUUUUGCGGGUGAUCAGGGGUCAAAGUCCACCACAAAUGAAAAAGGUCCCACAAAGGAGGAUGUAGAGAUACUGGUGCUGAGCCAAGUGGGGGAAUCAGUUGAGUAUUUUUGCCAUAGACUGAAUUAUACGAAGAAACAUAUUCAGAUGAUUGAUGAAAGUCCAUCAGAUGCUGACACAUACACAGAACCAUCUGUCUCUGCCCCCUCGAAAAGAUGUAAUACACCUGAUAAAACGGUCAGCUGUAAACUCUGUGGCAAGGAGUACCUCCACAGUUCAAACCUGGUUCGUCACAUGCGAAUACACACAGGAGAGACUCCGUUCAGCUGUGAACUGUGUGGGAAAGCGUUCCAACGUUCAGACUGGCUUAAAUCACACUUCAAAAUCCACAUGGGUUUGAAACAACAGAGAGUUAAGCGCUUUGUUUGUGAUCAGUGUGGGAUGAAGUUCGAUUGCUCCACCUCACUCCAAAGUCAUGUAUGGAAACACAAUGGCGAGAGACCGUUUUCCUGCUCCCUCUGUGAGAAGAUGUUCUUCAGUCUGCACACUCUCAGGCGCCACCAUGUUGAGUGUCACUCUGAGAAAAAGUUCAAUUGCUCCAUGUGUGGACACAGCUUUGCACGCUUGGAUACAUUGCAGAAACACACACGGAUUCACACUGGAGAGAAACCUUUCUCCUGUUCAGAGUGUGGAAAAAUAUUCCGUUAUAAAUACUCACUGGUAAUGCAUAAGAAACUGCAUUCAGACAAAAGCUGACCUGAUAUUUAUUGUCAGGUUAAUAAUUUUCAGAAUAAUUAUACACGGCAUUCUUUAAGUCUGGAAGAAAAAUCUUUUCCACUCACCUUCUGCUCGGGCUACCUGCUCGCCUUCAUCCGUUUUUCUCGGAUUUUCAGCUCCUUUGGUAAUACAUGAAGGCUUCCCAUUUGUUCUUUCGCAACUUUGCAUUAGAUGACAGAAAAUGUGAACUCCGGGUGUAAGAAAUGCAGCCUGUUGAAGCGGCCCAAGCCCACACCCGGCUUGAGAUACCCUUCAGAAUGAACUACCGCCUUAAUGGUGUAAAAACAGGGGUAGCACAUCCUGUCAGUUUGAGAUACCCAUCAGAAUGAACUACCGCCUUAAUAAAUGAUGUAAAAACAGGGGUAGCACAUCCUGUCAGCUUGAGAUACCCAUCAGAAUGAACUACCGCCUUAAUAAAUGAUGUAAAAACAGGGGUAGCACAUCCUGUCAGCUUGAGAUACCCCAUCAGAAUGAACUACCGCCUUAAUAAAUGAUGU